CAUCCCUGGAAGCGUGAAAGCUGUGCCUUAGUGCAGAGAAGACGGCUGGCGAAAUUCAACGAAAGAAAGCAGCGUCUCGCGCACAGGUCUCGCGGGGUGCCAGCGAAACAACAGAGCUGACUGGAACCGUUCAUCCCUCUUUGCUCUGCGGACCCGACAAAAUGUAUCUGCUGCCAGUCCUGUGGAGCAUCAUCAGCACCUACAGCGCAGCAUCCUCUGUAUCCCGAGCAUGUGAGAACAGCCUUGCCACUCCUCUACCCUACAGCUCCUUCAGCAGCUCCUCCGUGUACGCCCGAGGAUGUGGAGCGGGUUACGCCAAACUCUACCGGAAACAAGGUUCUGGAGGCUGGUCCCCCCUGGAUACAGACCGCUAUCAGUGGUUACAGGUAGACCUGGGUUCAAGGAAGCAGGUGGUUGCCAUAGCAACACAGGGCCGCUACAGUAGCUCUGAUUGGACAAGCAAAUAUCGGCUACUUUACAGUGACACGCAGAAGAACUGGAGGCCUUAUCUACAGGACGGAAACAUCUGGACAUUUGAGGGAAACGUGGACAGUGAAGCGGCUGUCCGCCACGAACUGCAGCACACCAUUCUGGCUCGCUACAUCCGCUUCAUCCCGGUGGCCUGGAGCCGGGAGGGGCGCAUCGGACUGCGCCUGGAGCUCUACGGCUGUUCUUACUGGGCAGAUGUGAUCAGUUUUGAUGGCCAUGGUGUCAUCUCCCACCGCUUCAGGAAUAAGAAGAUAAAGAUUGUGAAGGAUGUCAUCACUCUUAAGUUCAGAACCACAGCCGGAGCCGGGGUCCUGCUCCACGGAGAGGGACAGCAGGGGGACUACAUCUCUUUGGAGCUCCGCAGGGCCCGACUGCAGCUCAGCCUCAACCUAGGAAGUGACCAGUACGGUUCCAUCCAGGGACACACAUCUGUGACCAGUGGGAGCUUACUGGAUGAUGACCACUGGCACUCAGUCGUCAUAGAGCGCUACCGAAGGAAUGUCAACUUCACACUGGACCAUCACACUCAGCAGUUCAGGACCAAUGGAGAGUUUGACCACCUGGACCUGGACCAUGAGAUCAGCUUCGGGGGGCUCCCUGUUUCAGCGAAGCCCAGCUCCGGAGGCGUAGACAACUUUGUGGGCUGCAUGGAAGGAAUCACCUACAACGGAGACAACAUCACCAACCUGGUCCGCAGGAAGAAGGUGGACACCUCCAGCUUUCGUAACCUGACCUUCUCUUGUGCUGAGGCCAACUCCUUCUCCGUCUUCUUCAACUCCACGUCCUUCCUGCGGCUGCCGGGUCAGACUGACAGUGACACGCUGUCAGUCAGCCUGUCUUUCAGGACCUGGAACCCCAACGGGCUGCUGAUGUUCACGGGACUCGCUGAUGGCUGGGUAGAGGUGGGACUGACGGAGGGCAAGGUCACCGUCUACAUGAAUGUCACACAGAAGAAGAACACACGCAUCGACAUCUCCUCAGGUUCCGGUCUGAAUGAUGGCCAGUGGCACAGUGUCCAUCUGAAUGCAUUGGAGAACUAUGCUAUGCUGACAGUCGAUGGAGACGAGGCCUCCACAGUGAGGACAGCCAUCCCCAUCCAGAUCCAGACCGGAGGAACCUACCACUUCGGGGGAAACGUUGUGCAUGCCAACACUCGAUCCCUUCAGCGCUCCUUCCAGGGCUGCAUGCAGAUGAUCCACAUAGACGACCACCUGGCAGACCUCAGGGCAGUCGAGCAGGGCCUCAUUGGAACAUUUGAAAAUGUCAGCCUGGAUAUGUGUGCCAUUAUAGACAGGUGUGUUCCUAAUUACUGUGAGCACGGCGGGCGCUGUUCUCAGACGUGGGAUACAUUCCGCUGCAACUGUAGUGGCACAGGAUACACUGGAGCCACCUGCCAUACAUCCAUGUAUCCACAGUCCUGUGAGGAGUAUCAGCACCAGGGCAAGAGCUCAGGGAGCUACUGGAUUGACCCCGACGGCAGUGGAUCCAUCACCCCCUUCAGAGUGCACUGUGACAUGACAGAGGGAAAGGUUUGGACGACGCUGAAGAACAACCUCUCCUCUCAGACCUCAGUCACCAGCUCGGGGCAGGAGGGGAAGGCCGUGUUGCAGAUCACUUACAAUGUGACUGAUGAACAGCUGCUCUCAGUGUCCAGCAGUGCAGAUUACUGUGAGCAGUACGUGGCCUACGCCUGCAGGAUGUCCCGCCUGCUCAACACUCCGGAUGGAGCCCCUUACACCUGGUGGGUAGGAAGAGCCAAUGAGAGGCAUUCUUACUGGGGGGGCUCGGGACCAGGCAUACAGAAGUGUUCCUGUGGUAUCGAACACAACUGUACUGAUGCCAAACACUACUGCAACUGUGACGCUGACCUGCGCUCAUGGAGGGAAGAUGCAGGCCUGCUGGUGUAUAAGGACCACCUGCCUGUCAGUCAGGUUGUGGUUGGUGAUACGAGCAGAGCCGGAUCUGAGGCCAAACUGACUGUGGGUCCGCUCAAAUGCCAGGGGGACCGGAG